CUUCCCCCAGAGCCGAGCACGCCGUGCUGCAGCCGCUUCUGCUUCACAAAGCCAGAGCAAGAAACAGCCUGAGCUGGGGAACUUGUGCGAAAGGGGCUGCAGUCGAGCAGGAAAGGGGAAAAGGCAUGAGCCAACUUCAAACCAAGAGAACUCAGGGUAGAAAACAGCUGGGAGCCAGGACAGCAGCAGACCGUGCUGUUUUCAGCAGUGCCAGAGUGACCAGAGGACAUCCUGUACAGAGACAAUCUUGUAGGUGCAGAAGAGAGGCAAUUUUGGACAAGGUAUCCCUGGAGAUGGGUAGGUGCUUUCUAGAUAAACUCAUAAUUUAAUAAGACGCCAAUGGAACUGCAGGAUAGAUAAUAAUGUUUUCUUAAGUAAAUGUAACUGGUUUCAGCACACUCAGACCUAUGGCAGGGGCAGGGAUGGAAUUGCUGUCGGAUUCGAUUGGAGACCGAUGUGCUUUCACAAGCCCUUGUACAAGGAUUUUGCCUCUGGCUCCCUCCUGCUCAUUGUAAACACUGAAAGCCAAACUGGGCUGUGGUGGGUGCUUGGCUCCCUGCAGGAACAUUUUCAUACAAUCUCAGACUGGUUUUGGUUGGAAGGGACCAUAAGGACCAUCUUCCCCUGCCAGGAGCUGGGACGCAUUUUGGAAGAGCCACACAGGUCUCGGGGAUUGGAGUGGGAGCACCGGUGCCCGUUUGGCAAAGAAGUGUUAGAACUUCCACUGGGAAUCGCCUCAAGUGAGGGCGGUGCCAGCAGGGUGGGCUGACACCCCAAAGCACAACCUAGCCACGGCUGGGAGAUGGGCUCGGGCUGGGGAAGCCUCGGGGCGCCGCGGGGCCAAAUGCAGCCCCUUCCUCUCCUCCUCCUCUUCCUCCCCGUGCCCGUGCAGGACGGCCAUGUGUGUGGGGAAGUGCAGCCGCAUCGUGGGUCCCUGCCUGCUGGUGCUGGGCACGCUCUCCUCGGCAGCCAGCAUCCUCCUGCUCUUCCCCGGCGGAGCGCCCGAGUACCUGCUGGAGGGGCGCAUCGGCCGCCACGCCCGCGCCGUGCCGGGGCUCUGGGGCGGCGGCAUCGCCGUGCUGCUGGCGGCGACCCAUGUCACGGCGCUGGGCUGGCAGCGCUCCGGCUGCUCCGGCCGCCACAGCGCAUUCCUCUCGGUGGUGCUCUCCAAGCUGGCGCUCCUGGGCGCCGCCGCCUGCUUCGUGCUCUGCGGGGUGGGGCUGACCAGCGGCCCCCUGUGCCUCUACAACAGCACCGGGCUCGGGCUCGGGCACGCUGCCCUCUGGGGAUAUCCCUUCCGCGACGCCAUCGAGCAGGGGCCUGAUGCCGGGGCUGAGAGCUACCUGUACAACCGGCGAGCCUGGAGCGUCUGCCUGGAGCCCGAGGGCAUCGUGGCCUGGCACGUGGUCCUGUUCUCCCUCCUGCUGCUCAUCAGCGCGGCAGAGAUGGUGCUGGCCUUGCUCCAGAUCCUCAACGGCUGCCUGGGCUGCCUCUGUGGCUUCUGUGAUGGCAAGUAGGGCCCGGCGGCGGUGCCAGGAGGAGGUGUCACCUCGGGCGUCCCUCGGCUGCUGGCGCAGAGGGCACGGCAGGAGCUGCGACACCAGCCCGGAGCAAGAGCCCUGUGGGGGACGGACAGAGCCCCUGUGGGGGACGGACACCCCAGGUGUCGGGGCCGCUCGUGGGGCUGAUGUGCCAAGGGCAGCUCCUGUGCAGAUCCCCUGGCCUGGGCCGUGUCCCUCCCCUUGGGGCUGGGAACUGGCCCGGUAAGGGAUGGAGGUGAGGACCUGGCUUCCAUGAGCCCAGCAGCUGCCUCGGCCACCCCUCGUGACGCUGAAAGGAGGCAGAAAACCAAUUUUCUGACCCAACUUGGAGCAUUAGAGAGCAGGCAC